AUGACAAAAUGUAAUAAAAAGUUUAAACGCAAACCUCGUGGAUAUAAAUGUAUUAAAUAUUUGAUUUCAAAAGAUGUAAAUCGGUUGUUUAUAAAUUUUAUUAAUGUACAAAAUCAAUGCGAUUGCGGUUGCUCGAGAACCAUUAAGUCAAUCCAGUCACUACUGCUCCAAAAGUAUUUAUGUUCAAAGCAGAGAUGGAUAAAAUUAUUGUGUGUUAGAAGAAACAGAAUCCUGGAGCUCUCAGGCUUCUCGGAUUUGAUCGUGGGCAUGGAGAGCUCGCUUGAGUUCGAUUCGUUGGACCUAAACCUGGUCAAAUCCGACACGUCAAGGCAACAAUGGCUGCUGGAUAGAGAUAAGACGGAUUUGGUCGAAAGGGCAAUAUACACGUUCUGCCUGUACAACAAUGUGGCCUACUGGCAGGGAAUCCACGACGUGGCGGCAGCACUGGCGCACCUGGAUCCGACACCAACCGUUGGGGAGCUGGCAGUGCUGCUAGAGUAUCUGGUCAAAAACUACGCGCCGUUUCUGUAUUCGAAGACGACAAGUGAGGUGACGGCGAGAGCAAAUGAACUAUCAGCCAGGUGGAGGCUGCUAUUCAAGUACUUCUUCCCUAAGGCGUCGAACGACUACGACCAGUUUUGCGAAAGCUCCUUCUCAAUCGGGUGGUUCAUGACGCUGGGAUUCUACAGGUUCGGAUGCGCGUAUAUUAGCCUGGCCUACACGUUCCUGUUGAUCAUCUCAAGGCACGACUGCAUGUCCUCCUUCAUGUUCAGAGAUCUGGGAUACAUAGCAGCGAGAGGCUACAUCAACUACCUGACGAGCAGAAGAAUACCGGUGGACUUCAACAACUCGGUGAUAUUUAGCAACUUCUCAAACUCGAGUUUGAUAGUGAACACGCUGGUGAACUCGAACAAGAUAGUGCUUGAACCGGAGGAGUUCAUCAACGUGUCGAAGCACCUGUACGACACGUUCGACGGAAGAGACUUUGAACUCUCAGAGUUCCCACUGCUGUACAUAUUCACAUCGGCGAAUAUUUUGAAAUAUUCCGCGCCAUCAGUGCAAAAGAUUGACUCGGAAAAGGAGUUCGUGGAGAUAACAGAGCCGGAUUUGUUCUCAAAAGCAAACAGGUUCCAAUCUCUGCAAUCGACAAUGAAUCCUACGUCUGAGUCGCACGAGAUUAAGUAUCGGAGUAGGAAGCACGUUAGUGGCACAGUAAGAAGAAGGAUAAGACGAGCGCAUAUGUUACAUCGCAAUUCACUUGAGAGAAUAUCGGAUUUGGUGAACGCAGAGAUCACGUACUCGUAUAUACUCUCCUUUAAGCCGUUCGGAUGUCUGAGGAGGUACGGAAGGAUCGGAGGGUUCGGGGGGCCGGAAGACGACAACUUCGUGUACGGGAACGUGCUGAACCAGAAUAUACUCUACAACAUACUGGACCUACGAAGCCCCUACCUGUGCUCAGGGAUUAGUUUGGAUAAGAUUUUUGGGACCUCUAAAACAACAUUUUUAAAAAACGUCAACGCACAGGAAGUGUAUGAGGGGUGCCUGCUGGACACCAGUUUUACGUUAUGGAUCGUGUUGACGGAUGAAGGAUACGAAGCUGACGAGGAUAGUAACGCACUCAUGUCACUUAACAGAGGCUUGGAGCUAAUGGAGAGUCUUUCAAAAAACUCAAUAACGUGCGUAACGAUGUUUAGAGGAGGUUACAAGGCGAUUCUAAAGUCACUUAAUCUGCCCUUGCCGUUGCCGCCAUCGAUACUAUCAAGGAUAAGUGUGAGGAGGAUACUGCCAUGGAACGUAGGAAACGUGGCUGAGAACAGUCCGAGCACACACCUGACAGCAAUAGCAACCUCAAUAGGUAGCGCAGCAAUGGGAAUAGAGCAGAGAAUAGUAAAGGGGAUAUCGGACAUGAGUAUUUUCAGUAGAUUCAGACACUCGCAAAUACAGCAGAUAGUAACAAAUGUAGACGAAGAAGUAAGGACGGAAUGGUUGAGGGAAAAGAAAUAUGCGCCAUUGGCACGCCCAGAUCAGCGAAAUAAAAUAUCAUACUCGAUUAAGCUUAGCGCCAAGGAGGGCACUGAAGUAUCUAUUAAGUCAAACGGAACAGUAAAAGUGAACGGAAUAAUUCUCCACCCAUCGCAAUAUACGAAUGCAGUAUCAGACCCUAGUCUCAGUAUAUUCAUGUCACUGUCGACACUAUUCACAGUCAACUGUGUAGACGGACUCCUCGACGUGGAGUGCCGGUCAUACGGAGUUGGGAAGUGGAACACGCGAGUCGCAGAGUUUUUUAAGCUGAAAGCAGACGAAAUGCUCUCAAGCUUUUCAAUAAUAGUCUGUCCACCUGAAACGCUGCUUUCAGACACAUUAAUAAGGCCGUUGACAGUGGUAACAAAUGUAGCAGGAGUGUGCUCAAAGACAACGUUGAACGGGCUGUAUAGAAAAUGGAACGUGUACAUAAUAAAUAGACAGAGGCUAAUAAGGCAUCUGUUAAAGUGCGUAAGGAUAUGGUCUCAAAGUCAAGAGCCACAGGAGGAAUCUGGAUCAAGCUUGGGUUUUAUGAGUGUUGAUGCUAACAAUGGUACUGCUAUUGGUGAUAUGAGAGGAACUACUAGUAAACAAGUUGAUUCUGUUGAAAUUAUCACGAGAUUGGCUGAUAUGUGUUUGAAUAAUGCCAUAAAUACUCACUCUACUAACAUUGCUGAGAGUAAUACGACUAAUGCCCGCAACAACAUCAGUAGUGUUGUGCGUAGACUCAAUUCCUUUCAGAGAAACGUGUCUACGCCAAAUGCUUUUGAAUGCCAGUUAACAUCAAGGACCGAUCUUGUGACAAAUAACGCGAAUCAUGGCAGGAAUGUGUAUAGAGCAGUUAACACUCAGCGGGGUCUCAGAGUCUUUUCUAGAACACAUGAACCUAGAGCGCACGAGUCAUCGAGUCGGUCAUCAGCAUCAAAUGUGGAAGCGCGAUUGGUACCAGCUGCUCAUAACCCAAACAAGCAGAUUCCAAUUUACUAUAAGGGCAACGUUUUUUCAUCACGGAGCACCCUGAACAAGAGGCAGAAAUCAAACGAAUGA